AUGUUCCGAACAGCACUCCUCAGGUCCGCCCGGUCCGCCGUCCGCGCUGCCCCACGAUGCCAGGCCGCAAUGGCUCGCCCCGUUGCGCGAAGCUCCUUCGUCCAGCCAAAGCAAAUGAACCCCUCCGUAUACUUCCAGGCCGUACGAUGCUACGCCGCGAGCGCCGGUCUGUCAAAAGAUGAGGUCACCGGCAGGAUAAUGGACCUUUUGAAGAAUUUCGACAAGGUCACCGAUGCCUCCAAGCUGAACGCCGAAUCGCACUUCCACAACGACCUCGGUCUCGACAGUCUGGAUACCGUAGAGGUGGUCAUGGCGAUUGAGGAGGAAUUCAGCAUUGAGAUCCCCGACAAGGAGGCCGAUGCCAUCCACAGCGUCAAGCAAGCAGUGGACUACAUCAUGGCCCAGCCCGAUGCUCACUAG